AUGUUUCGACAUGCGGUGCUCCUGAACAGACGAGAUCCUCAGAACCUCAGUGACCUGCCCGCUAGUAUCGGGAACCCUACCUCGACCCUUCCUCAGUCGAUAGCUGCAACAGGUGUCGUCACCACCGAUCCUUCAGCGACAGCGCCGCUGGUAACAGCUCAAGCACCGUCAGGCUUGACAACGAUCACAGAGACGGAAACUUUGGCCAGAUCAAUAUCCGGCCUUGAUACUGUAUCGACAACGAUCACGACAAAAACGAGAACAAUAACCGAUCCAUCUGAAUAUGCCUCCCUCACCUCCGCUGCGGCCUUGUCCGCCUCCACACGUGUCUCCACGACUUCAUCCAAGACGUCCGCCGCUGCAACCAGCAGUGCAGCUGCUCAGAAAUCCUCAUCUUCGAAUACGAGUACCCUGAUCCCCGCAAUUGUGGUGCCCAUUGUUGUUGUGUUAUUAGCAUCCCUGGGUGUCUUUUGGUUCCUCAUGCGGCGUAGGCACAGAAGGGAGUUGAAGAGCCAACCAGAAUUUGUUAUGGCCGGGAAGGGCGAGAAGUUGAGCAGCAGGUCAAACAGUGGAAGGUCAACAUCAUCAGCCGCCGAGUCAGAGAAGAAGGGUCCUGUGACUCAGGCCAAGGAGCUCUCCACAAAGUCGCCCCCGAUGGCUUCUAUGUCAGAAUGGCCAUCGACGCAAAUCGGUCUUGCGAGACCACUGACGCCUCAAGAAACUAAAAAUGCAAAUCUAGGCCCCGCCGGUAGAUCGCUGGAUCAAGCACGACCCGGUCCAGCCCCUGCAGAGCGACCAUAUCGAAAUUUCAGCGGACCUGGCCCGAGACCACCAACAGCCAAUCGUGCCGGACCCCAAAGUUCGGCGAGAGAACUGCCACAGCAGCGUGACAGAGGUUACAGCAAUCCGAACCAGAGAGGGCCACCACCGCCCAGAACAGGACCGAGUCCGAUCCCGAGAGCUUCGCCUAACCUGAAUCCACGAGGUGGACCGAGUCCGGUACCCCAGCGGCCCAGUCCUUCCAUGUCUCAACAACCCUUCAGGAACGAUAGGAGGGGUGAUGCUUCGCCUGCUUCGGCUGCAUUCCGCCUGCGUGACCCUUCACCAGGCAUGAACCACAACACGCGUGCCCAAGCGCCUGCACGACUCGCCGCAGCUCCUCCCACCGGUGCUUACAAUGGUGCAUCGUCCAUCUCCCAAUACUCGCCCAUUGUGAAAGACUCUCCAGGCCCUGCACGGCCGCCUCCAACAACCAAACGAGGACCGCCUCCACCACUGAAAACAGAUCUUGCCAGUCGACGAGCAGAUCGGUCACCCAACUCGGCGAGCCCGGGUGCACUGACCGAAGAAAACAUGCGAAUAGCACGACUCGCAAAUUCUUCUAGGCUGGGAUAUACUCCUGCGGAGCCCAGCCCGUCUCCCAAACUUCCUCCACCAGCGACCCGAUCACAAUUAAUCCCACGAGAGUCUCCCAAGGACAAGCCGGAGAAUUACUUUGGAGGAAGCGUAGUCGGUUCGUUACCACAGAGCCGACAAGUCUCAACCUCUUAUCACUCGGACCGAGCAAGUAUCGUGUCCGAUCCCGACGAGUACGAAGACAUCGAUGCCAAAUCGGACGUGAGCAGUCUAAACGAGUUUGAGCGAUUCGACUUCGGUCCCACGGCUGGCGGCAGUCGAGGUGGUGGCAGUGCUGCAGGCCAUUCACUGAAUUACUUUGCCGCUCAAAACAGUCCCUCUGCUGGAAGAGGUAGUCCUUUUGGUGACAAUGACACGACUUAUGAACGUUGGUGA